AUGCUGUUCCUCGCUCAGAUUGUACCAACUUUGCUCGCUGCUUUCAGCCUGGUCAAGGCCGCAUCUAUUGUAGCUCGGGAGCAAGAUGAUUUCUUCUGUGGGUGGCUCGAGGAGCUCAGGAAGAAUAACCUCACCAUCUUGGCCGACAACUACGACAAGAUUUCUAAGACAGACAAAGGAAAAUCAAUUGUCGAUGUACUUAAAAACGGUGGAGACCUCACGGUCUUGGCUCCGAUAAAUAGUGCAUUUGAUCCCAAAAACCCUUGUAUUGAACCGGAUGAGAUCAAAUACAACACGCUUUGGGGAAACAUUAACAACAACUUCCGGAGCACAGGUAGUUCGCUCACUCGUCGAGCCGCCGAAUCUCGUUCAAACGUUCCAAAUACAUUCCCGCGCCAAGGCGCCACCAGUGCCACCAAACGCCAAUCAAAUCUUGACAAUUUCCAAGUCACUACCGUCGACCAGUCCUAUGAUCUCAGUAGGAAGAAGCGCAACAACGGUAGAACAAUACUAAUUGGACGCCCAGUCGGGAACUCGAGAGUUGUUGGCGAAUUUUCGUACAAGCAGAUCAUUGUAUUGCCGAUUGACGAGAUGACUGAUCUACCUGGUCCUUCAUCUAACCUACUUUCUCAGCCACUCAUCAAAACUGCUCCUAAUGGAUUCUCUAAGUUUUCUAAUGGGCUUAAGAAGACUGGUCUUGAUGAUGUAUGGAACACUCGCAGUAGGCUUACGGGAUUUGUCCCGGUGGACGAAGAUUUUAAUAUCGACAAACUUUCGAAGGAUGGACUUUACUGUCUUCUGGAGAGUCAUAUGAUAUUUGACAAGAUCAUUUACUCUACUUUAUUCACCACAACUCCCGAGGCAAGAGCCAAGUCGGGCAAGUUACUCCAUUUUUCAUACGAGAAUGACGUCAGCUAUGUCAGUUGUGGCGACUCCAAGCACAAGUCGAUCGUUCUUCGAGGCGACGUCAUCACUUCGAACGGGGUUUUCCAUAUCAUCAACAAGCCGCUGAAGUGCGAAUAG